GAGGAAAGCAGAAAAUUUGUUGUUUAAAAAAAUCAAAAACAACAAAUCGGUGAAAACGAGCAGACUCUCUUGUAAAGAUACGCGUAUCGCUGUUUCUAAUUAUUAAAAUCAGUCUCCAUCCUUCUAAAAAAAACGAAGUUAUUAUGAAAAGAGACAAAUGUGUAUUAAAUAAAGUGCAAAUAAUAUAUAAUUAAAAUAAGAAAGAUCACACUUGAGGCGGUGGUUUGCUCGAGUGCAAGUGUACGUGGAAAAUAUAUACACAGCAGAUAAUUGCAAGUGGAGUUUUUGGUGUGUUUUCGAAUUUGGGCAGUGCAAGUGUGAACAAAAUUUGCUCUAAAUAAGUAUUUCUUCCAUUUACAUCAAAAAGUGAUUUUAUUAUGAAAAUUGUUAUAUGUAUGAAUGGUUUUCUCCAAUAGGGAGCGGUGCAAGUGAAUACAGAAAAACAAACAAAAAAUAUCAAAAAAAAAAAAAAAGAAAAUAAGAAAAGUCAAAGCAAAUCGAAGAAGAAGCAGCAUCACUGUUGGAAAAAAUCAUUUUAGCUAAUUUCUCUUUAUUAAAUCUUAUUGGCAAAAAGAUAUUACAUACUUAUUGGAUUUGCAAGCUUACUUGUAUACAUACAUAUAAAUUAACAUGAACAUUUGCCAGACAGUGUAGGUGAAUCAGUGCGUGAGGAAUUUCUAUUACCUGUUAAAAACGAUUAAUGGUGUUGGCUGCCUGCUGAGGAGUUUGCCUUUUCAGGUAUCGAAUUUCGUGCUGAAUACUGCAAUGGCAAUAACAACAACAACAACUCCAACGAAAACUCAAAAGCCCAACUGAAAAAAAUAACUUCAACAAAAACUGUUUAUGCCAACAGACAACCAUCGGGUUUAUGACUAAUCAAUUUCUACUGGUUUCUGUGUUACCGCAACCUGUUGGUACACAUGUGCAGAACUGCUUAAUGUCUCAAAAGACAUUACUCCAUGUCACUGAAUUAUAAUUUGUCAUCGUCAAUUUAAAAAGGAAAAGUCAGCAAAACGGCGUCCCAAGACGACUCCGUACUUGUACAGCAGCUGCACACUUUGGUGUAUUUGUUGUGGCGAAGCUCGAGAGUGACAACUUGCGUCAAAGGCCUACAACGGCAGCGAGUCUACGACCAUUCAAUUUUCCCUGCAUUACUAGGGAGUGCGUCAACAACAGCAGCAGUAGCAACAACAACAACAACGGAGUCUUCAGUAGUUAAGACAUCGUCAAUGCCAUUUAAAUGCAAAAAUAACAACAACAGCUGUGACAAUCAUCAAAUACGCUAAUCAUCAUUUGCCAGCGUCAGCGCUUGCGAAGCGUAAGGAAGUCAUUAGGCGAACUUAAGUGCUUGCAACUACAUUCAAAAAGACGUAUAUACUUUCGCUGAACGCCAACAACAGUACAGUUUAGUGUAGCAAACUCAAUCUUCCGCAUAUUUCAUCUUCCUCCAACACCACUGCGUAUUUUCUCAAGCAUCAACGAGAUUGUCCAGCAUCAACAGCGGCGGCGGCAGCAGUAGGCAACAGUGUGGCGGCGGCAAUGACUCUUACCACUGCUACACAACCGGAGAGUAGCAAAAAAAUGGAUGGGAAAUGUGGUGCCGCUGAAGAGAAUUUGCCAUCAUCCGAAAUGGAUCUGUUAGCCAAAUUGGAGGCGGCUAACAAGCUCAUCGAGAGCGAUGCGAAAAGUUUAAAUUCAUUACAUUCGACACAUAGUCGCAAAAAUUCGGACACCAGUCAAAUUAGUCUCACUUCAAGUAAGUCUGGCAACUCGAAUGCUGAGGAAGACAUUUGGACGCAGUGGGCUACGAUAUUGGCCGAUUGGGAGGGCGCACUGAAGCGUAAAAAUCCAUGUGUACGUGAUUUGGUGCGUCGUGGUAUACCCCAUCACUUCCGCGCCAUUGUUUGGCAACAACUGUGUGGCGCCUCUGAUACCGAUAAAAAACAAUAUGCCGACUACAUUAAAGCCACUUCGGCUUGCGAAAAAGUUAUCCGACGGGAUAUUGCACGAACUUAUCCAGAGGUGGAUUUCUUCAAAGAAAAGGAUGGUCCUGGCCAAGAGGCCUUAUUCAAUGUGAUCAAGGCAUAUUCGUUGCAUGAUCGUGAAGUGGGCUACUGUCAGGGAUCCGGUUUCAUUGUGGGCUUGCUGCUAAUGCAGAUGCCCGAGGAGGAAGCCUUCGCUGUACUCGUACAAAUAAUGCAGCAACAUCGCAUGCGCGACAUGUUCAAACCGUCAAUGUCGGAGUUGGGUCUCUGCAUGUAUCAAUUGGAAAGUUUGGUGCAAGAGCAGAUACCCGAAAUGCAUAUACACUUCCAACAGCAGGGUUUCCAAACAACUAUGUACGCUUCCAGUUGGUUCCUUACACUUUAUACCACCACACUGAAUCUCAAUUUAAGUUGUCGCAUAAUGGAUGUAUUCCUUAGCGAAGGCAUGGAGUUUAUAUUCAAAGUGGCACUGGCGUUGCUUCUGCUUGGCAAAGAGACACUAUUGUGUCUGGAUAUGGAGGCCAUGCUAAAGUUCUUCCAAAAAGAGCUACCCGGUCGUGUUGAAGCCGAUCCCGAGGCAUUUUUCAAUUUAGCCUAUUCCAUCAAAAUCAAUACGAAACGUAUGAAGAAAAUGGAAAAGGAGUAUCAAGACUUAAAGAAGAAAGAACAAGAGGAAAUGGUCGAGCUGCGUCGUUUGCGACGAGAAAAUCGCUUACUGAAACAACGCAACGAGCUCUUGGAGGCUGAAAGUGCUGAAUUGGCCGACCGUUUGGUGCGUGGGCAGGUUUCACGUGCUGAAGAGGAAGAAACUAGUUAUGCAAUACAAACAGAGCUGAUGCAAUUGCGCCGCUCAUAUCUCGAAGUGUCACAUCAGUUGGAAAAUGCCAAUGAAGAAGUGCGUGGCUUAAGUUUGCGUUUGCAGGAAAAUAAUGUAUCGAUCGAUAGUGUAAGUAAUGCGCAGCCGCCGGUGAAGGAAAUAAAGAACAAUUCACGUCAAUCAUCCAUUGAUGAAUUGUGCAUGAAAGAAGAGGCACUAAAGCAACGCGAUGAAAUGGUCUCAUGUCUACUCGAAGAGCUGGUCAAAGUACGUCAAAGUCUUGCCGAGAGCGAAGAUCAAAUACGUAAUUUGAAAUCGAAAAUCGAAGAAUUGGAAGAGGAUAAAAAGACAUUACGUGAAACUACGCCCGAUAAUUCGGUGGCACAUUUACAAGAUGAGCUUAUCGCGAGUAAACUACGCGAAGCCGAGGCUAGUCUGUCGUUGAAGGAUCUCAAACAGCGUGUGCAGGAAUUGAGCACACAAUGGCAACGUCAAUUGCAGGAAAAUAGAAAUGAUCACAGUCAACAGCCCGUUGAUUCGACACCAAAGAAGUUGCUAACAAAUUUCUUUGAUACCUCCAAAUCGAAUGAGCAUACACAACGUUUGGAGGAGGACCUAAUGACCACGCGUAUACGUGAAAUGGAGACGUUGACUGAGUUGAAGGAGCUGCGCUUGAAGGUCAUGGAGUUGGAAACACAAGUGCAGGUGUCCACAAAUCAGCUACGCCGUCAGGAUGAGGAGAAUAAGAAAUUACGCGAGCAGCUUGAGCAGGCUGUUAAUCGCGAAAAGGAAAUGGCCAACAAGGCGCGUGAGCAGCAGCAUAGAUACUCCGAUCUGGAAUCUCGCAUGAAGGAUGAAUUGAUGAAUGUAAAGAUUAAAUUUACUGAACAAAGUCAGACUGUUGCGGAAUUGAAGCAAGAAAUUUCCCGAUUGGAAACGAAGAACUCCGAAAUCUUAGCCGAGGGAGAAUUACGUUCCAAUCUGGAUGAAUCUGACAAGGUGCGUGAUUUACAGGAUCGGUUGGCUGAUCUGAAAGCAGAGCUAACCGCCAUACAAAGUCGUGGCAAAUAUCCAAUUAAUAAACUGCGUAGCGCCUCCAUACAGUCCAUCGAAUCCAACGAGAUUGAUUUCAAUGAAUUGAAUUUGCGCCGUGAGAGCGCUGAACUCACAACAACAACAUAAUACAUAAUGCGACUGCGGAGAGAAAGGAUAACACGAAAACUGAGAGACACCAUCGCAAGGCUGUCGCAUUGAUAUUCAAAGGAUAUUAGGCAAUAUGUGUGGGGGGAAAGUGGGUGGAAAAUAGAGAAAUAAAAAUUAAUUUAAAAAAAAAAAUGACACUAAACUGCUAUUGUUAAAAAAGUGCAAAAUUCCAAAUUUACCAAGAAAGCGUGUGUUGAGAAACACACACACACACACAUUUCUAUUAUUAUUAUUAUAAAAAUAGUUAUAUGUAACAUUUUGCAUGUGUUUGUAUUUUAAAUGCUUCGCAGCGAUUUUGUUGUAUGUUUUAAUAAUUUUAUAUUAUUAUUUUAAAAUUAUAUUAUAUUUAUAAAAUGAAUUUUGCUUGCUUCUUGCAUAACAAUAAUUAAAAAUAUACCAGUAUAUGCAUAUGUAUUAAAUAUUUUAUUGUAGUUUGUUAUAGCGACUGUAUACCAAUUGAUUAUUAAAUGUGUUGUGUAUUAUUAUUACUCUUCAUUGGUAUAAAUGUAAUUUAAAAAGGCAAACAAAAUUUUUAAGAAAUUCUCACGUUUACUUAAAUGAUAGGUGUAUUUUGUUGUAAUCGAAAAGCAAGCUUUCAGAAAAUAUUUCGUAUAUUCUGCUCUUUGGUUCGUGAAUGUUUAAAUUUUUUAUAGAAAAUAUUUCUAUUUUGCUGCAUACAUAUACUACCCAAAAUUACUGAAAAAAAAAAUCGAGGAAUAAAUUCUGAAUUAAAAUUAAAUGAUAUUUAUUAUGUAGUUAACCGUUAAGUUGUGUGUAAAUGCGCUGAAACUAGAAAAAUAAGAGAAAACCUAACAAUUACUGUAAAACAUUAUUAAAUAUUUGCUGAUGAGCAAUAAAAAGAGUUGGAAAUUCAAAUUGAUACUGUGCUGAAAUGAAAUGAAACGAAAUGUGUCUCAAACUGAACAUGUUUUUAUAAGCGACUUUUACAUAUAUAUACACUACAUACUAUGUAGCAUUAGUUUAUGAAAAAAAAAUUAUAUGUAUUAUUUAUGUUACAACAUAUUAUGGCAGAUGAAAAGCAGUAGUAACUUACAAAAUAUUUAUUAUGGAGAACACUACGAAUACGACUUAAACUUAACUGAAAAAUACAUAAAUAAUAUAAUAAUGGCAUUAGACGUGUAGCAGUGUCGAUAACGAGUAGAGAAUUUUUCAAACAACAUACAUACAUAACAUAGUAAAAACGUAUGUAAGAUAAUCGACGAAUUUUUGCUUAGAAGAAGUGCUGGUUGCUGAAAUAAUAUGUGUAUCGAGUUACAAAAUGUAGUUCAAUAGAGUUUUUUUUUACAUACAUAAAAUAAUAUGAAAAUGUCUUAAAACGAAAAAAGCAAAAUAUAAUAAA